AUGCUAUUCAAACAGCAGGCGUUGCUGAGACAGAAGCUCUUCUUGUUGGGCAGCCUUGCUAUUGGGAGUCUCCUCUAUCUAGUGGCCAGGGUUGGGAGCUUGGAUAGGCUGCAGCCUAUUUGCCCCAUAGAGAGCAGACUGGGCCCUCCUCACCUGCCGGAGCAGUUCCCUCUCCGGACCCUGCAGUAUAAGCGUGGUCUGCUCCACGAGAUCCGCAAGGGCAAUGCCACCAAAGAGCAGAUCCGCCUGCACAACCUGGUGCAGCAGCUGCCCCGGGCCAUCAUCAUCGGGGUGCGCAAGGGAGGGACGCGCGCCCUGCUGGAGAUGCUCAACCUGCACCCGGCGGUGGUCAAGGCCUCGCAGGAGAUCCACUUCUUUGACAACGAACAGAACUACGCCCGGGGCAUCGACUGGUACCGGGAGAAGAUGCCCUUCUCCUUCCUCCACCAGAUCACCAUUGAGAAGAGCCCCGCCUACUUCAUCACAGAGGAGGUCCCCGAACGCAUCUUCAAGAUGAACUCUUCCAUCAAGCUGUUGAUUAUUGUGCGUGAGCCCACCACCAGAGCUGUGUCCGACUACACACAGGUGCUGGAGGGCAAGGAGCGUAAGAAUAAGACCUACCACAAGUUUGAGAAGCUGGCCAUCGACGGCAACACGUGUGAUGUGAACACAAAGUAUAAGGCGGUACGGACCAGCAUUUACACCAAGCACUUGGAGCGCUGGCUGAAGUUCUUCCCCGUGGAACAUUUUCACAUUGUGGACGGCGACCGUCUGAUCACAGACCCGCUGCCUGAGCUGCAGCUCGUCGAGCGCUUCCUUAACCUCCCCUCCAGGAUCAGCCACUAUAACCUGUAUUUCAAUGCCACCAGGGGAUUCUACUGCCUGCGAUUCAACAAUGUCUUCAACAAGUGCCUGGCAGGCAGCAAGGGGCGCAUCCACCCUGAGGUGGACCCCUCAGUGGUGGCCAAACUGAGGAAGUUCUUCCACCCCUUCAAUCAGAAGUUUUAUCAGAUUACUGGGAGGACGUUCAACUGGCCCUGAGAAACUAAGGGAAGGUCUAGGCCUAGCCUAUUUGAACUUCUUACUGAAGUUGUUCCGUUGGCAUUUUCAAGAUGUCAACCACAACAAUAUUAAAGGAUAUUAAAAGCACUUUGAUUGAAUUUAAUACGUCGAGGAGAGUGGGGUAAGUCGAGCCGAAGGGUUAGUUGAGCUACUCCUUGUUUCUAGGA